UCUUCCCGUGUCGCCACCUUCUUUGUCUACGGCCCAACAUUUCGACACCGGUGGGGGGGGGGUUUCUCUGUUUUUUUCCUGUCUCUAGUUUUGAGGAUAUAUUUCGCGAUAUAUCCCCAAUUUUCUGACAUUUAAUGACAGUCGACUCUGAGCUAUUUAUGCCUAAAAAUAAAGCACCAAAAAUGGAUGACCUGGACUACAUCCCGGUAGAUCUGAGCCCAGAGGAGCGCUCCGAGUUGGAGGACAUCCGCAGGAGGAAGGGUGUCCUCUUACAGGAGAUCCAGAGGCUCAGGGAGGAAUUACGAGAGGCAAUUUUAGAGGUAGAGGGACUGGAGACCAGUACAGAGGGCAGCAAAACUCUACAGAAAAGUAGACACGUGGCUAUGGGACGGAAGAAAUUCAAUAUGGACCCAAAAAAGGGGAUCUUGUUCCUGGUGGAAAACGAGCUGCUCAGACACACAGCAGAGGACAUUGCACAGUUCUUGUACAAGGGAGAAGGCCUCAACAAGACCGCUAUAGGGGAUUACCUGGGAGAAAGAGACGACUUCAACAUCAAAGUGCUUCAAGCUUUUGUUGACCUCCAUGAGUUCACCGACCUUAACCUGGUGCAGGCCCUUAGACAGUUCCUGUGGAGUUUCCGUUUGCCAGGCGAAGCGCAGAAGAUUGACAGAAUGAUGGAGGCCUUUGCUCAGAGAUACUGCCACUGCAACCCUGGUGUCUUCCAAAGCACAGACACGUGUUACGUGCUUUCGUUUGCCAUAAUUAUGCUGAACACGAGCCUCCAUAACCCGAAUGUGAGAGACAAACCUGGACUGGACCGUUUCAUCUCGAUGAACCGCGGGAUCAAUGACGGGGGAGACCUGCCGGAGGAGCUGCUCAGAAAUCUGUAUGAAAGCAUUAAAAAUGAACCGUUCAAGAUCCCGGAGGACGAUGGCAACGACCUGACGCACACGUUCUUCAACCCAGACAGAGAGGGCUGGCUGCUUAAGCUUGGAGGAAGAGUGAAAACUUGGAAACGCCGAUGGUUCAUCCUCACAGACAACUGUCUUUAUUACUUUGAAUACACCACAGAUAAGGAACCACGAGGUAUUAUUCCCUUGGAAAAUCUUAGCAUCCGUGAAGUAGAGGACCCAAGAAAGCCUAACUGCUUUGAACUGUACAUCCCCAACAACCGUGGGCAGCUCAUCAAGGCGUGUAAGACGGAGGCUGAUGGGAGGGUGGUGGAAGGAAACCACAUGGUGUACCGCAUCUCUGCACCCACACCGGAGGAGAAGGACGAGUGGAUCCACAGCAUCAAAUCUGCGGUCAGUGUGGAUCCGUUCUAUGAAAUGCUUGCUGCCAGGAAGAAACGUAUAUCACUGAAGAAGAAAGAGGAGCAGCCCUAGGUUACGUCUAUGUUCCUCUUCCUCUCACAUCAUCUCUGCUGCUCUCUCCUCUCUUUAACCUUUCUUCUUCCUCCUCAUUCUUCCUGAAAACGCCUCCUCUUCCACUUGCAAGGACCCCAUGCUGUCCCAACCGCCAGACUCUUUGAAAAAGCUGCAAACAGAGCGAAUGGCUUACCUGCUGAGGCUGCCGUUCACAGUACCGCUGUUGCACUCAACUUAAUACAAUAAUCCCAGAGCACAAACAAAACUUUUGCCGUCUUCUCACCAUCACUCCCACUUAAACAGGAUCUUUAAGACUGUGUUCACGCUAGAAAUUAUCUUUCUUUUGCACAGUGGCUGGAGUCUGUUGGCAUUUUAUACACAUCAAAUCACUUUAAUGUAAUUUUUUUGUUUUUUCAGAUUGCUUUAAUUUUUGAGAACGAUGUCCAGCAGUUCCUGUGUUUAAAAGGUUUUCCAUCUGGGCUGAGAAUUGGCGUGAAUCAAGAAGUCAAAAAUCAAGAUUUUUCCACGUUGGUGUGAAUACAGUUUUAUUCAGGGUUGCAAGAAGCUGCAGUUUCAUGAAGUCCUAUUUUAUUAUCAUCAGUGCCACCUUAAUAAGAUACUCCCUUUGUUGAUUGUGCAUAGCCAAGACAAAAUGUGAAGUACUAACAAUAGAUUUUUAUUCUGUUAGAGCUGUGAAUUUGCAAACUAAUUUAAUACUCCAAAUGGCAUAAAGUUCACAUCCAAACUUAAAUACUGAAUUCUAGCCAGCUAAAUGUUAUUAAUGUAUAUUUUCACUGGAUUUCAUAGUGGAAACGCAGCAUACAGUAUGAACUUUAGCAUGUUUCUCAACAUGUUUGAGCAAUAGCAGAGUAGAGUAUCGUUGUCUGGAGGCUUGUUGAAUCUUUAUCUGUACAGAGCCGCUCUCAUUGUGUCUUUUCAGAAUUAACGUAACGGCAUGAAACACAAGUUUUCUUUUUUUGUGCAGCACUACAACAAUUCAACAUCUGUUGAAUUAACUCUGUCCACCAACAUGGGUUUUGUGAAGUCACAAAGGCAGCUCUUUUCAUUGUACACUUUUUGUAAAUAGACGUUAGCAUAUUUGUUUACGAAACACAUAGAUUUAAUUUAAUUUAUUCUUUAUCUUUUGUUAAAAUCAGAUUUUUUUUUUGUACGAGCUACUGUUUUACUGCAUGUCGAUGAACGGAAGGAUCAGUCAUAGGUGCUGAUGCAUGGUUGACCAAGUUAGUGCACUGAUUUGGAAAGUGUUUGUGUUUCCUGGUGACAUGGAAAGAUAGCAUUUAAUACUGAAGUUGGUUUGUGCAUCAAGUGAGUGAUCCCGCUUACCUUUAGAAAAUAUGAGAUUAUAUGUUUGACUUUUUUUUUCUUCUUCUUCUUCUUCUUGAGAGAUUCAAACUCUGUAAAGCACAAACAGAGUUUGAUUCCCACACUCUGCUAACCAGUGUCGAACUUAAAGGGCAUAUGUCAUCAUUUUGAUAAAAUUCAAAUAUGUUCGUUUACAUUUUAUGACUGAAAUUCAGAAAUGGAAAAAAACAAACAUGUAAAUUACAUUUCGGGAGCUAAACCAAUUCAUCAAGGCAUAAGUCGUGAUAGCAACGUCUUCCACUUGAAUUUGAGUUCAUAAAGUGAAUAUUUAUUAAUGGUGAUUUAUCUUCAGAGGUUGAGAAAUGUUGAGUGUGGGAACCUGAAAACCAAACAAACCAGCACCCCACAGAGAGAUAUACGUUUUCGCAUCCACCUGAAUAAUGUGUAGUUGCUAACCAUCCAGAUGUGUUGUUCCCAGGGAGGAAAUGUUGAUUUAACUCUUACUGUGGAUAUCAACCGAUGUUUUGCAGCAAAAAAAAAAGCAAAAACAUGAUAUGUUAAUCUUUAUGCUCACAAAUAGACGCAGUCUCUGUCAUCUUCCUCCGUGUUGUAGUUGUUCCUUCGCUUAAAACCAAGAUUGUAUUUAAAAACAUUUUUUAAACAGAGUUCAGCCAUAUUUUCUGCAUAUUGUUUUUAUUGCUACCUCCAAUAUAACAUAUUGCUUGGAAGGCACUAAGAAAAUUCCCUUUAAAAAGUUUCCCUUCAAUAAAACGGUUCAUGAUUUGUGCCCAGCAAUUGUUCAUUUGACAUGACAGAUCUCAUUGACAUGUUAUCAAUAAUCUUUUUAAGAAAUUCUGCAAAGAAUGUGCUUUUUAAGAGUACAUUUAAAUAUGCUACUUUGCUAUAAAAACAAUGGAUUUGUUUAAAAUACAUUAAUGUAUAUAAAAACAAUAUGAUGACAUAUGCCCUUUAAAGUCUGGGGAAGCUGUUUGAGCUGAAAUGUUAUGGUUAUGUUUGAAAUAAAAAGACAGCUAAAUGAUGAACACUAAUAAACCAUUGAUUUAAAACACUCAUAUUAAAAGUUUAGAUUUGUCUCCUGUCAUGGAUUUGACCUACUUUAGUGUAUUUGUAUUUUUGAUUCUGGGGGAAAUUAAACUAUUGUAUGCAGCACUUUAUCAAGUUUAGCAUUUUGAGGAAAAAUGCUGUUACUGACCUACCGUACUCUAAUUCAAUAUGGCGCCCUCUGCUGGUAAUCGCACACACUGCAAUAUGCUGAGAAAUGUAUGUCCAUUCUCGUCCAACCAGCAGAAACAGUUUCUCUCCAACUGGUUUCAUGAUGGAAUCUUAUAAUAAUUUUUUUAAUUUCCACUUUGUUUGAACUUGAUUCGCUGACAGACGUGUUGAAAUGAAGCCAUAAGUCCCAAUUUUCUGGCUUCAUUUUAAUUUUUAUGUCCAUCACCAGGACUGUCCGUCCUUAUGAUUUUUAACAUUCAAAGUUGCCAAAAAAUGGAAACUGUUUCCAGGUAAAAACAAAAAAUGAAUACUGUCAAGCUUCUCUCUGCAGAGCCACUACAUUCAGAAAAUGUUUGUUUUGUAUUUAUUUAUUUUUGUUUACUUGGAGGUAAAGAUGGAUGCAUCAUCUGUACAUGUAGCAAAAGGAAAACCACGAUACAUUGGUGCCAGUAAAAUACUGUGUAACAAUAAAAAAGUAAGUAAAAGUAAAAACGA